AUGUACACUUCAUCCUUUACCCCAAAUUGGGGCGGAACACAUCUCCUAUUCCUCCACUUACCCUUCACUUGCACUUGGGCAUCAACAAUACCUUCACUUACACAUACGACGCUAGAUCCACCACCAAACCCCUCAACUCCACUAGCGCACCCUACUCUACCCCGCUCUUCAUCUUCUUCCAACUCUUCUCCCUCCAAGCCCUCCACCUCACCCUCCGAAACCGGCGCUUCCAUAAAAGGCUUCGUCGGGGGCACAGUCUCCGGCCUCACAAAACUUCUCGUUGGGCAUCCAUUCGACACCAUCAAGGUCCGAAUGCAAUGUUCUCCCCAUGGAACAUACACUGGUCCACUAGAAUGCUUUCUCCAACUUGCCCGUCGCGAGUCUCUUCUUGGGUUAUACAAAGGUGCAACUCCACCUGCACUGGGAUGGGCUAUUACAGAUUCGGUUCUUCUUGGAAGCUUGCAUAACUAUCGCCGCAUGUUUGCAAGGCUUACAAACAGCGGUGAGGAGGAGAAUGGGAAAGGCUUGGCGAUACAGUAUCACGCUUUGGCGGGCUUAAUGGCUGGUUGGACCAACAGUUUCGUCACUACUCCCGUUGAACUGGUCAAGGCCAAGUUGCAGAUGCAGACUCAGAGAGUUUCUCUUCAUCUGCCAGGCCAGUCCUCCCUCACAACCACCACCGUCACACAGCGUACAUUCACAGGCCCAAUCGAUUGCAUUCGGCAAAUAACCUCGCAACACGGGAUCUUCGGCCUAUGGCAUGCCUUACCAGCAACGUUAUUAUUCCGUUCCUCAUUCGCAGCUAUGUUCGGCAGCUAUGAAUACUUCCAACGCUUAUUCAACUCCUGGAAAGGAACGAGGUGGGAGUUGAACCCGGGAACAAUCACGUUCAUCUCGGGCGGAUUGGGAGCGGAGGUGUUUUGGUUAACCGCAUUCCCAGCUGAUGUGAUAAAGAAUCGAUUGAUGGCAGAUAACAUCACAAAUCCAAAGUACAAAGAUAUCAAAAGCGCCUGGGUUAGCGUUUGGAAUCAAAGAGGGAAAGAGGCGAGGUGGUGGUACAAGGUUAGAGGGGUGUAUACAGGGUUCUUGCCAUGUUUACUGAGAGCGUUUCCGACCAACGCAGCGGCACUGUUUGCUUUUGAGACUGCGAUGCGGUUCAUGGGUGCCGAGAAGGUCUAA